AUGGAAAUGCAACUUGAGGACCUGAAGCAGCAGCUAGAAAAGCAAUGUAUGAUCAACCAGGAGCUGCAGAGGCAAAAUAAAGACCUGGAACAACGACUGCAGGAGAAAGAAAAAGUCUUGCAGGAACUUCAGAGUCAGUAUCACGACCUGGAGUUUCCCUCCCACAGCGUUAAUGAGAUUGAACCGGAGGUCAGGAAGAGCCGUGCGGCUGUCAUUGCCCCCGAACCAAUCCGCGAGACCCUGGAGAUUACCCGCACCGGGGUCAAGAAAACUGUCAGUGAGACGGGUCUGAUAGUCAAAGCCAUCCAGAAGAACGACUUCCUGAGCCGCCUCGACGAUGAGCAAACGGCCAUGAUGGUGGACCUCUUAGUGGUAUCUAACGUCAAACCGGGGGAUGAAGUCAUUAAAGAGGGCUCUGAGGGAGACAGCAUGUACAUUGUGGCAGAUGGUGAGCUCCUUGUCACCCAGGCCGGCCGGGACCUCCGAACUCUAGCCCGUGGUGAUGUGUUUGGGGAGUUGGCCAUCCUGUACAACUGCAAACGGACAGCAACGGUCAAAGCAAAGACAGUGGUGCGUCUCUGGUGUAUGGAGCGACAGACCUACAGGACCAUCAUAACCAACAAGUCCAAGAAGAAACGGGAGCAGCUCAUGGGCUUCUUGAAGACGUCUCGUACUCUGAAGGACCUGAAUGACGUCCAGUUGUCCAAGAUCAUUGACUCCAUGGAGGAGGUGAAGUACCAGGACAAAGAGGUUAUAGUCCGAGAGGGAACUGAAGCGAACACAUUCUACAUCAUCCUCAAAGGAGAGGUCCUGGUGACGAAGAACGUGAAUGGGCAUCAGAAACAGAUUCGCACGAUGGGAAAAGGGGAGCAUUUCGGGGAACAAGCCCUCAUACGGGAAGUUUUGAGAACUGCCACCUGCACUGCUGACGGCCCCGUUACAUGCUUCUCCAUCGACAAGGAGGUAUUUGAAGAGACAAUUCCCAUAGAACACCUGGAACUGUUUGAUGACUCCAAAAUGCUGCAGGAGGCACAAGUUGCACAAAUGUUGAGUCCCACCUCCACUAUGAGGUUUAAAGAUCUGGUUCCUGUGCUGUACCAGGAGGGUCGCUACCAAGGAGAUCCUGUCACUCUUGGAAUUGGAGGGUUUGGACGUGUUGAUCUAAUGACCACAGUGAACCAUGGGAAAUAUUACGCCAUGAAGCGAGUCAGCAAGAAGCACAUUGUUGCCAAGAGACAGGAGGAGCACAUGCUGUUUGAGAAGAAGAUCCUUAAAGCCAUCCAGUGUGACUUCAUCGUCAGGCUUCAUGCUGCUUUCAAAGACACGCGAUACAUCUACAUGGUCAUGGAGUUCUGUGGUGGUGGGGAGAUCUGGACCAAACUCAAAGAAGUGGGGCGUUUUGACGAGCCCAUCGCUGUGUUUUGCACUGCCUGUGUGGUGGAGGCCUACGCCUACCUCCAUAAGAAGAGCAUCAUGUACAGAGACCUGAAGCCUGAGAACCUGAUGCUGGAUGUAAAGGGCUACGUCAAACUAGUGGACUUUGGUUUCGCCAAGGAGUUGGUGCGUGGUGAGAAAACCUACUCGUUUGUCGGUACGCCUGAGUACAUGGCCCCAGAGAUCAUCAAGAACCAGGGACAUGACUUUGCAGUUGACUUUUGGUCCCUUGGCAUCCUGAUCUAUGAGCUACUUGUGGGAAGCCCUCCCUUUUCAAGUUCAGAGCCCCAGAAGAUUUAUGCCAAAAUAUUGGACGGGGUGCUCAAGUAUCCACCUUACAUGAAUGAAGCAGCCAGGUCCAUUAUCAGUAAGCUGUGCAGACCCCGGCCAGGUCAGAGGUUAGGAAACACCAAGAAUGGCAUCAAAGAUGUCCGGCAUCACAGGUGGUUCAGCACUAUGAACUGGCACAAGCUGCGGAUGGGCCAGCUCGAUGCCCCCACGGUCAGGCUCAUACGCAAGGGCCCCUGCUACAUCAACUUUGAUCGUUUCCCUCUAGACCAGACGAAGGCGGAGGAGGAGUUCUCCGGGUGGGACCGUGAUUUCUGAUUAUGACUCCCGAGUUUAAAGGAUCCAGUGCCACAGGAUUCGCCCACACCACCCCGUUAUGGAGCCAAAUCAGAAUAAUUCCAGCUGACCUUGGCUUACUCGAGACUUUUAACUUCAGCCGGAGCAGAAACACUGCUAAAGCCACAUGAUGGUAGUAGAUGGUAGGAGCUCUAUAUUGAAAAAGCGUAACCCAUUUCAUACUAAUUGGAUUAUUAAAUUAGAGUGGAACUGCGGGGAAUCACCAAUUCCAGUAUAUUUAUUGAAGCAGAAAUAUGUGGGAGUGUUGUGGAAGAGGUCCGGACACUCUGUUUCCAAAUUCAGCGCAGGGAGAUUUGGUGCCUGACGAGGAAUUCUUAUUAACAUCAUCGGGAUGAUGCUCUUCACUGAGGAGAAUAAAACACCCGUUCGAGUGC